AUGGCAAACAACAACAAUCACGAUCACACCUACGGGACCAAGUGCCGCCUGGCCCCCGUCACUCGCGUCGACCGAGAAGAUGGAAUGCCACCCGUGGAAGCCCAAUUCUUCUACUCAUCCGUUAUCCCCAUCGAUGACCCGCUGUCAACCAGCUCCGCUACUGGUCCGCCCGAGUCGAGGUCCGCCAAGGGUCAGCUGCGUCCGUUGGCCCGAGGCGAUAAUAAUGCACUGGAGAAGGGUUGGCUGGGUCUCAUGUCUGAGGAUGAUCAACGAGCUCAUGAAGAUGUGAGGCGUGGUCAGCCCUUGGAUGCCCGCUCAUUGCAUACCAACAGUGACAAGCUGGCAUCGCUUAUACAUGAUAUCGCGUCUACUCACUGGGAUAGGCAUCGAAGCAAAUACCAACCCCAAGACCUAUCGAUGUCUUCACACCGAGCUCUACCGACAACCCCUAUACCCGCUUGCUGUUCCGAGCUGGUAGUUGAUGUCUCAGAGGAGCUCGAAAAUACAUUCUGUGCCCUGGUUAGGAAGCAGAUGCCUGGUCUUAGUCUCGAUGAAGUGAUGCACCAGGUUGUUCUAGCGCUCGACCGUCUUAAAGAGGAGGCAGCUAGUAUCCAUGAAGGGCGUCCUUCGACUGUCGAUACCACAACCAGCCGCUCCCGAGCCGGAUCUAAUGCCAACCCAAUCGCGCACCCGAUAUCUCGAAUUUUCAAGACGACCGAAUCUCGAGGCGGGAAAAGCCGAAACCAAGGCAUAUCGCCUCUCAACAGUGGAAUAGAUAUCAAGAGCCAUGCACUAUCGGCAUCCCAUCACAAAACCCGAUCGCCUCGAACACAGACCCCCACUGGCAGUCCGGCACUCACUCGACCCCCGGUUCUUGACGAUGGCAUCUCAGGAACACCAUUUGCCCGAGUUGGCACUCCUGACUCAUACCCCGAUACUCUUCUGCCCCGAGUAGAUAGUGCCCUGCCAAGUGGGACCCUCCAUGAGGAUCCGCAUGAUGUAGUAGUCAGACGGGAUAGUGAAGCGGGAACAACGGAGAUGACGGGUAUUGCAACAGGUGGCAAGCAUCGACCAGAUACUGUUGACAUUGCCGUGGGGGUAUCGAGACUGCAUAUGGUGUCGUUGCCCACGCUUCAGAUGAAGCCUAUUUACUGGUCACCAGUGAAUGAUGUUGCAGUGGUUAUGAGAGCUACUUGGUUCUACAAGGACACGAUGCUUCCAAUUCCCGCUGCUGUUGCAAAUCAACUUGAGGCUGGUUUCCAGGAGCUCAGGCCGUGGACGGAGACCUGGAGCGAUGAAAUACGUUGUGCUAUCGACGUGGGGCCCCUUGGCGAGGAAAAGGUCUCGCACCGACUAUGGCCUAAGGAAUCUGAGUUGGCUUCCGAAGACGACGACGGAUUGACUGAGAACACCAUAUCAUCCAACUCAUUCUGUGCAGCCCGCUGCUUUCGGGGAGAAGCGGCCGCUGAGGGAAUCAUUGAGCCCACCUCUGUGGACAAAGCCGAGUCACCGAACCGCCCAUUUUUGAACUACCAUGUUAUUUAUAAGAAUUCAACACAGGCCUUUCUCUUGAAACCCAGCCUCAAACCCUCUGCAUAUUAUGGCAGACGACCCGUCUGGAAGAUUAUGAAAGGUCUGACAGUCGGAGUCCCGGUUGUGCGGGGAUUCGACCGCAAUGCAUGGGAACGUGUCCACCACAAGAAGCAGGCGCCUAACAAGCCAGGGGCUUCCGCAGCGGAUGAGUCGCAUGAAAGCACCGGGCCAGAUGUGUGCUCUGCUUGCAGGGCAGAAAAGGAACGAGGACAGGUCACUGAUCUGGUUCUUGUUGCCCACGGAAUUGGCCAGAAAUUCGCAGAACGGGUAGAGAGUUUCCAUUUCACUCAUGCUAUAAGCGGCUUCCGACGAGCAGUGAAUAUGGAACUCCAGAGCCCAAUUGUCCAGGAUGUGCUCCGCGAUGGCCAAAACGGCCUCAUGAUUCUGCCCUUGAACUGGAGAAUGGGUCUGUCCUUCGAGGACGGAGGACCAAUGAAGGAGGAAGACAAGGCCGCAUACACACCCGAAGGUUUUGGACUGAAAGAUAUUGAGCCUGAUACUAUUCCCGCUGUCCGCAGUAUGAUAUCGGAUGUCAUGUUUGAUAUUCCGUUCUACAUGUCUCAUCACAAGGGAAAGAUGAUCAAGGCACUGGUGUUGGAAGCGAAUAGGGUCUAUCGCCUUUGGUGUCGGAACAACCCAGGCUUUGCCGAAAAUGGGCGUGUUCACCUCAUCGGCCAUUCUCUGGGCAGCGCGAUGGCGCUCGAGGUUCUAUCGCACCAGCCGACGAUGGUGCCAAAAAUCGACCUGUCACUGAAAGAGCCCGAGACGCGUUUUUUCGAGUUUGACACUACAAACUUAUUUCUCGCAGGGAGCCCGGCAGGAUUCUUCCUACUCCUAGAGAGAGGCACCUUGAUGCCUCGGUAUGGACGGAUGAAACCAGGGGCCGACUCAAGCGAUACGGUUGCCAACAGUGUGGUUGGAGAGGCUGGUACCUUUGGAUGUCUGGCUGUCGAAAACAUCUACAACGUCCUUGCAAAAGAAGAUCCUAUUGCUUAUCUCCUCAACGGAGCUGUAGAUCCCGCCUACGCCUCGAGUCUCAAGUCAGCCUACGUUCCUAGCCUUGCCAGCUCGCUCUGGAAGUCAGUCGGCGACGCCAUGCGCAAUGUCGUGCCAGGCAUGACCCCGGCACCGAAUACGCUCGCCCCGGAGCCGGAACGACCCACGACGAUCCGCCUCCCCUCGCAGCUCGAGCUUGAAGUCCACGACUUCACUCGUGAGGAGAUUGCCGAAAAGAAGGCGUUCCUUCUCAACGAUAAUGGCCAAAUCGACUGGUAUCUACGCUCCGGCGGCGGUCCCUUGGAGAUCCAGUACCUGAACAUGUUGAGCGCGCACACGAGCUACUGGACCAACAACGACUUUAUCCGUAUGUUAUGUAUCGAAAUUGGGAGACGACCGGGCCGGGCGCACACACUCCCGGCCAUGAGAGCUGUCAAGGUCACCAAGAGAUUGUUGAUCAACUAG